CCCGAAACUACAUUUCCUAGAAGCCUUUUCGUUCAGGAAUACGCGGCUAACUGGCGGCGCAGGCCUCCCCCUGCUCCCAGAGCGAAGGAAGCCUGGGCUCCCCUCGACUCAAGAUCGAGGAACGCAGAACUUCGAGGCUCCCUGGGACUGGAGAAUCAGGAAUUCCUUCAUUGAAGACUGAGAGGUUCAGGGGCCUCAGGAUGGUGGCUGAGAUGACAGAUAAAUAAGACUGCUAGGUCAAUCCCUUUGAAGUGACAGAGGACCUUAAUGAGAAGGCCUUUUGGUAUCCUGGGGUUUGAUAUAACGAGCACAAUGUAACCUACAGCCUGGAACUUUUGGAGGAUCUUUCUAUCAAUAAGAAAUCUUUCUUUUAUUUGGACUCUACACAGGAGUCCUCCAUUAGUGGCGACCAUCUUUGAUGAAGAGGCUGCUGAGGUAGAUGUUUGUUCAGCUGUUGGAAUUGGGGAACAUGGAUGAAGAUCGGUUAAUUGAACAAGCCCUGGAUCAGUUUAUUAAUCGCCAUGAGCAGACAUAUGAGGAAUUUUUGAAUACUUUCACUCAUCUUUCCAAAGAUCAUCAGGUGAUCACGAGCAGAACACCAGGAACAGACUCUUCAGGAGCCAGCUUUGUCCAGGCCAUGUUUCCUCGUGCUCAGCACAUCAGGAAUGAGCACCUUUCUCUUUGUUCUGUAACACAGCCUCCAGAGGAAGAGCAGAUCGUGAUUGAUGAAGGCCAGAAAGUUGGCAUUUCCAUUCAAGGUGACCUAAAUCGGGCAGGAAAGGUGAAGGUAGACAAUUUCUUGGAUUUGGAAGAUUUUGACAGGGAAGAAGAAACUGAUCACAACUUGAGCCCAGAGCUCUGGCUGCUUCCAGGAGAGGUAGAAGAGGAGGUCCCUUUCCCUGUCUCAGGCUACAUUCCUUCUUUGGACCAGCAUUCUCACCCUGAACCGAAGGCUUGGCCGACAGAACAGCCCAGAAGAGCAGAACAGCAGAGCGACAGACCUUUGCACGAGGUAUUUGGGGAUGAAGUUCAGCCAUUCUCCCUUGACGAAGAUUUUGACUACGACGGCGUGAUGCUAACACCCAAGUUCUCUAGUGCAGAGAUGGAAACAAUUCUAGAAAUGACCAGCCAAAGUAGGCUGAACCCUGACACGGAGGCCAAGGAACCACAUUGCUGAUUUGUGAUGAUGUUUCCUGCUUCUCGUGUCUCUUGUUUUUAACCAGCAACUUUAGAAUAAAAGGCAAACCAACUGUGGGACAUUA